ACCACAUCGUGAGCCGUUGCGGAGCACCGAGCUUGACAGGGAUCGCACCUAGUUUCGAUUUUCACUCAGCUGUUCGUAUAUCGCCGGACAGUGUUAACCGUUUCUGAGUCGACAGUAAGGAACAUUGGUGCAAGUCUCCGUGGACAAGGGAUACGUCUGACUAGAAGGAAGAAAACAAGCCCUGCAAAAAAGCGGCCCUCAACGAGGACCGGACGCUAGAUCAACUGGACCAGGUGAUCUGAUCUCGGCACGGAGUACAAGUGGACGUCAUAGAGCCGAAUGCGUUACGACAAAAAGAAUUGGUCUCAACAGUGACCGAUAGAAAAGUGGCUCUGUUCCCUGGGACAAAGACCAAGAAGGACGUGGCUUUUUUAGGAGAGCAAACGUUGUCGAAGAGCUGGGCGUCACGGAUCCUCUGUUCUUCCUCACCACGAAUGAGGCCUGCGGGGUGUUCAUGGAGCCGACGAAUUUCCGGAGAUGGUCAGUCUUCGGGUACUCUCAGCUAUCGGGGGAGUCCCUCGAGGAUAGAAGAGAUUCCGCCGCGCAUCUCUCCAAGAGCGAGCGCCCAAAGCGGGGUGGAAAGAAGAAGCACCAGCAGCCCGACAGCGAACACACGCACGAGAUGCCGACCCUGAGCGGACUGCACCUGCCUUCGUCGAGCCCCACUGGUAACGGUGGAGUCGCUGCCCCCGGAACGUGCCACCCGUCGACGACAGUCCGCAUCACCGUGAUGGGAGCGGCCCGCGUCGGCAAGUCCUCGCUCAUCCAACAAUUCUUCUACGGCCGGGUGCCGAAGCAGCACAACGCCACCGUGGAGGAGCUGCACAGGCGAGACUACGGCGCCGCCAAUGGAGGGCGCCAUAGGCUCACCCUGGAGCUUCUGGAUACCAGCGGGAGUUACCAGUUCCCGGCCAUGAGGCAGCUGGCCAUCACGACGGCGCAAGCUUUCAUACUGGUCUACGCCAUCGACGACAUGGAGUCCUUCGAAGAGGUUCGUCGCCUUCGAAGCGAAAUCCAAGAGGCCCGUGCCGAACUCGGCAAGGGGAUGCCCCCGGUGGUCAUCGUGGGCAACAAGGCAGAUCUGGCGCACAGACGCACCGUGGGCUACGAAGUGGCCGAGACCGUCGCCACGAUCGACUGGGAGCACGGCUACGUGGAGUGCUCGGCCCUCGAGGGUCUCAACGUGACGGAAGUCUUUCACGAAGUGCUCAUGCAAAGCAAGCUUCCCGAGGUCCUAUCGAACUCGAACCGGCGGCGACAGUCGUGCCCGGCGCAGGUACACUCGCACAAGAGGUUGUACAGCAACGGAACCAAGAGGCACAGCUGCAUCAUCUCGUGAACUACCUCGUGGACUUGUGCGUUAAGCGAUUCUCACAAAAAAAUGUUUCGUGUGUGUCCUAGCAGUGUCACGGUGUCCAAAGCAAAUCUUCGUAAUACGUUGACCAAACGCCUUCAGUGGGAAAGCGAAAGCUUCGCUUUUGCGAGGGAUAAGCCCAAACAUGGUCCCGCUCUCUCGUCAUAUCUAGGAGCUGGCGCCUGGUCAGACUGGGUGUCUUAGUAUAUUUUUCCUCCUCCGUGUAAAAGUGUGGUACUCUGACUUGUUGAUGAAAGUGUUGGCUAAGCCAUUUUGCAGGCCGAGAAACGUAACCCUUGCUUCUGUUUGAGCACGCAAACUUUACGAUCUUCGCCAGGCUACGAUAGAUCGAGGGAUCGAAACUUUCACCAAGAUGGCGUGUUGACAAAUAAACUAAUCCAGCCAAAACUGUCCGGCAUGUUCGAGUGAACCUUUUACUCCUCGCAACGCUGAGGAAGAGGAAAGUACAAAAAUAGUCAGUCCGAACGCCCCCAACGACACCUUAGUGGGCCCCACAUUACAGGGUACCCUGAGUUAAAGUACAGGCACUUGAGAGACGCACGGUCAGCGCUGUUUCACACCCUACACUUUUAACGCACAGCAUUGUAGCUCUACCUGAAUGUCAUGCACCUGGACAUACAUGUAUGGCAUGAUGAUGAAGGCGGUAGAUGUGAACAGUGGGGUGAUAUGUACAAAAAGAGCGAGAUGCCUUAUUUAUUUAGAAGACACGUUACGUGAGCGACCAACGCGCCUAGUGUUUUCGUUGCGCAGAAAUAGAAACAUCUGGAUGCCAGCAGUGAAUCUGUUGAUAAGGUGACUGUGACCUUCAGGAUACGUUGGCAACGUUUGCGAAUGUACUGAUGCAGAACAAUCAAUGUCAGUUUGUCUUUGUACAGCGUGAAAUGCACUGUCAGUUGUUUCUCACUCUUUCUCCUAGAGUCUAUUUGAGGAACUCCGUCUGACGAUGCUUUCGGAUUCAUUGUCGGUGAACAUCAACUGCGUCGUUUCGCUUCGCAUCUAUGUAUAUGCACGCUCGAGGAAUCACAAUGAUAUUCAAGGGAUCGCUGUACAGUAGGUAUCACGCGGAAGGUUCCUUCGACAAUGUAUCGGUACAAAUGCAUGCCUCUGCUAAAUGUCCCCGCCGACAUUUCCAGUUUGAUAGGCAGCGAGAGAAUGCGUAUACGCUGGUUUUUCAUUGACGUAUUUGCUUUUCAAUCACAGUUCUGCGACAAAAUGUCACAGUAAAUGCCAUUGGACGCGAGCAUGUUACCGUUCUCCGUAGAUCAAACACAAAUAGCAAGCACGUACCUACCUUUCGUAAGACAAAAAGAAGUUCAGGGGGAAGAUCCGCGCUUGGAGAGAUGAAGCAUCCUUCUAUAGGGGGACGUCUCUGGAGCCGACGUUUCGGCAAGCGGUCUCGUCUUGGAGGCAGCAACUGUUGCUACCUUGAAGAAUAUCGGACCACUUAUCGAAACGCUUACUCCACCUACACCCCCUGUUCAAGAAUUUUUCAUCCUAUUUUGCGUAAAAGGUUGUCGCGCCAACGUCAGACUAGCAAUUAGAACCAAACCGGAAAUGUUAUCUUAAGAGACAGAAGAAAUUCGGUUGUGAAUUAGCACGAAGUUAGUAUGCUGCGCCAGCUUCCGUCUGUGAAACUUUGUGUCAGCAUAAUUACAGGAGCUUAAGCGACAGACACGUUUUCAAUCUCGCCACGUAAGCGUAGAUGUUUGUGUCCUUGUGUUUUUUUCUUGUCGUGAUUGUACUGCAUUUGUUGCACUGUGUUUGUGCGAGCAUGGCUUCUCGCAUCUGCAUACGAGAUCAAAACGUUUCUGUUGUGCACAUCAAAGUAAGACACACAUGUAAAUACACAGGGUCACUCCAUAACACUGAAGCUGCAUUUACAUGCCUGUGUGUACAUACACCCUGGAAGCCGCCCUUCUACUAUUUAAACCACGUGUAUUUUUGUAUAAUGUUACACUUGUCCUGUCAUUGUAAUAUACGGUCCAGUCCAGUAUUUAUUCCGCAAAAAGUAAUAUCUGCUUUCGAUCUGUAUUUUCUUUGUGCGCACUCAACGAGUCUUCUAAUAAAGAAAUUCUGAAAAAGA